AACCAGAGGAGAAAUCAGUGCAGGUUGUGAUGCUCCAGCACUACCGCAUUGAGGGGGAUGGAGGGAUGGCAGUUACAUUCGGGCAGAUGGGACCUCAAGACCGACAGUGACUCACCGACAGCAAGUGACAGAACGGGAUAAAAAUUCAAGAACGUUAAGGUGCAGUUAUAUCGGACCUUGACAAAAGACAUAAGACAGGCCAACGCACAAGGAAGACUGUCGACCUACAGUCGAAAACUAAGGAGCGACCAAAUAAGGUGCAUAGAUAGCGUAUAUGGGUACUGAAAGAGAGGAUGCAAUGAUCCCGUUCAUCCUGAAGGUCUUGAGGGGACAACUGAACUGGACAUCUGAAUAUGAGCUGGACUUUUAUUAAUGUGUCCCCUAUGCCAUACGGUGACCUGAUUUAGGGUAUUUUUUUUUUUUUUUUUUUUUAAGAUUGAAGACAGGUUUCAUUUUAACAUGAAAUGAUGAGCCAAAAGCUGGAUCUACAGGUGGAGAGCCCACAGCCUCUCAUCUACACCUUGGAGGAGCUUGAAUGCAAGAUCUGCUACAACCGCUACGACACCCGCACCCGCAAGCCCAAGGUGCUGAGCUGCACACACCGCGUCUGUGCCAAAUGCCUGAAAAAGAUUGUAGAGACUGGGGAGUCCUCCCCAAGCAUCAUCAGCUGUCCGUUCUGCCGCAACGAGACCCAUGUCCCGGACGAGGAGAUCUGGCUCCUGAAGGAUGACAGCAACAUCCUGGCCAUCCUGGCCUACCAGGACCAGGCCAGGAAAAGCGGCUCGGUCACCCCCGGGGAGGUGCUCCUCACCCCUAACAGUCUGAGUGGUGGCGGUGGCGGCGGCGGCAGCGGCGGCGGCGGGGGGGACCAGUCCCACAGCUCCUCUGACUGCCUGGUGAUCACCAUCAUGGAGGUGCCGGGAGAGUCGCAGUCCUCAGACACCAUGAGCAUGCUCAACAUGGUGCGCCUGUACCGCCCGCCCAGCCUGGACUCGUUGCCUUGCCACCUGCCCAUCCAGAAGUGCCGUAUGUGGACGUCGCGCACCAUCCCCCGCUUCCUCAUAGGCUUCCUCUGCCUGAUCUACUUCAGCUCGCUGCCUCUGGGCAUCUACCUGCUGAUGAUCCAGCAGCUCACGCUAGGGGUCAUCCUCGUCAGUCUCGUGCCCUCCACGCUGGUAUUGUGUGUCUUCUACGGCUUCUGCCAAUGCCUGUGCCAUGAAAUCAUGGAGGCCAUUGCUACAUAGCGUUCAACGCUUACUCAUCAGGGAGUCUGUGUCUGUGUGAGUGACUCAUAGCGAGACCUGUAAAGACUAAGCCAAAUCACUGAUGCAUAUCUGCCCCUUAUCCCUCCCCAAUGCCCCUCUCCUGUUAAUCCAGAGUAUACCAGCACUGAACAGAAAAUUCUUCAUAAUCCACUUUGUAUGCAGGGCUAUUCGUGGGCUGUGACAGUUGGGAUAACCUGUGAAAGGACAACCAUGACUAAUGGUUUUAUAUUGAGCUCAACCUGUAUCAGACAGCUGUCAUUUUUGUGUAUGUACAGCUCACCAUAAUGGGCUAUAACUGUGAGCAUCCAACUGUUGUUGAAGAGAACAUGGUCUUAUCACAUCCUAUAAUGGCAAUUACAUGUAGUAUUAAAUAUUUCCUUAGUAGAAUUGCUGUCUACUUUUGGUCAAAUUUCUUUAUGGAAAUCCAUAGUAUAAGGAUGUGUUAAAGCAUAAUCACCUUGUAUGCAUUUGAAGUUUCUAGUUGCCUUUGUAAGGCAUGUCUAUGCCCAAGUACUUGUACUUUUAAUGUUGUAAAAAAUGUUUUUGUCAUUGCAAAUGGAAUGGACAAAUAAUACCUUGAAACCGCCUAAACUGUUACUAGAUAUUCAAUAAAGAAUCAAAACAGUGUGUUA